AUGGCGUCGUCCGCGCGCCGCGCGCCGCGGCAGGGCGCGCGCGCGCGCGCGAGCGCCGCCGCGAGCGCGCUGUGGAGGAGGGCGAAACGCGCGGCGCGAACGGCGCGGCGGACGCUGACGACGAGACGGACGUCGUCGCUGUCGACGCCCGAGCGGAUCUCGAGGAACGACGUGAGCGACGACCUGCGAGACGACGACGACGACGAGAAGGCCGCCGCCGCCGCCGCCGCCGCCGCCGCGCGAACGUCCGAGCGCGCGUCGACGUCGUCGUCCGCGCGCGUGGGGUGCGGCGCGCUGCUCAUGCGUCGGCGGCGCUCGAGGGCGAAGCGCGCGACCGCGACGGACGACGACGACGACGACGACGACGACGAAUCUUCGUCGCGGACGACGAAGACGAAGAAGAAGACGACGACGCCGCCGAGCCCGGACAGCGUCCUCCGCGACGCGUUCGACCUGCGCGCGGACCUCGGCGACGCGACGCCGCCGUCCACGUCGUCGUCCUCGUCGGGCGGCGUGGAGAAGGGCGAAGUCCUUAAGGAACGGCGUUCACCACGCGAACGCGGUCGUAUGGGGACCAGUGUGCUUCUCUCACCGCCGACGCCGCUCGUCACGCCCCCGGGGCUGUUCUCGGCGUCGCUCGAGGAGGAGAUAUUCCGGCUUCAAAAGCGCGCCGCGGGGCUGGAAGCGAUCGCGAUGAACCCGCUGUCGCCGUUCACGCCGGCGCCCGCGCCGAGGGGCGCGGCGGACGCGGACGCGGACGCGGACGCGGAAGAGGACGCGCCGCCGACGCCGCCGCCGUCGCCGCCGCCGGCGGAAUCGUGCGGAAGCCGCGGCGGAGCGAUGGCGUGCGUCGCGUCGCGAUCCGGCGGCGUCGGACGCGGCGUCGCGUCGCCCGCGCCCGCGUCCACGGCGGCGUCCGCGGCGUCGAGGGCGAGCGCGAGGGCGAUAUACGCGGACUCGUCUUCGUCGGACGAGGAGGAUGAAAUGCUGGACGAAACCGAGGAAGACGCGCGCUCGUGGCGGCGCGCGUCGGAGACGGCGACGCCGCCGAUCGCGGCCGACGGCGGGAUGACGCUCGCGAACUCGAUCAAACCCACGCUGGACCUCACGAAGGUCACCCCGUCCGACGUCGACUUGACCGGGUUCACGACGUACGACGGGCUCCCGGCGACGCCGAAGAGCGCGCGGCGGGCGGCGAUUUACGCGCGGUGGAACGCGCCGGCGACGGCGGAGCGCCGGCUGACUAAGUGCUCGUACGAGGAGGAGGGCGGCGACGACGAGAGCGAGAGCGAGAGCGACGACGACGACGAGCCGCCGCCGCCGCCGCCUCCUUUGGACGAUUCGGACGACGACGAUUCGGACGACGAAGCGUCGUCGCCGCCGCCGCCGCCGCCGCCGGAACCGGAACCGCCGAACGCGGCGCCGCCGCGCACCGCGGUAAAGGCGUCGCUGCGCGCGCUGAAAUCCCGCGCGCGGCCGGCGAAACGAUUCGCGGCGGCGGCGCCGAACUCGAAGCCGCCGAGCGAGCCCGCGGACCUCCCCGACAAGGAGAACUCGUCGCCGUUCCACGGCCGCCGCGCGAACGCGCCGGCGAAGGCGUCGUCGUCGUCGUCGACGACGACGCGCGAUUCUUUCGCGUCGUUCGCGUCGUUCGCGGACGCGCGGACGCCGCUCGGGGAGAAGAAGUUCGUCUUGCACUCCAGAGACGUCGCGCGCAGGUACCUGGACACCGCGGACUCGCGCGGCGGAAGGAGCGGCGGCGGCGGCGGCGGCGGAAAAGUUCUUAAGGAACGGCGUUCACAACGCGAACGGGAUCGUAUGGGGACCAGUGUAGAGAACGGCGGCGCGAGCGCCGGGAGGAGCGAAAGAGACGAUCGCCGGACGCCUCGGACGCCGCGCCGCGUCGCGUCGAGCGGCGACGGCGACCGCGACGACGAGAUGCGGACGUUCGCGACGAUCGAGCGGCUCGUGUCGGCGGGGAGGCGCGGCUCGAGCUCGAGCUCGAGCGUCGUUUGGGACGCUUCGCCGAGCUCCUCGAGCUCGAGCGGUCGAUGUACCGCGGGUUCCGGGUACUUUAGGCGGCCUCCGCGUCGGUUCGAAUCGUCGGUUCGAAACGUCGGGGACGAGCGCGCGCGGUUGCUCGACGACGGGAGAGCGAGGGAGACCUCGAAAGCGUUCGACCCCGCGCUCGCGCGCGCGACGCUCAGCGCGCGACGACAGAUCUGA